UUAUCAAAACAAACAAUGUCUCAAUCAUUAACACCACCGAGAUUCAUCAUCUUCAACUCGGUCUCCUUCUUCUUCUCCUUUGUCUCAAGAUUCCAAAAAAAUCUCAUUUUUGAAAGGAAAGUUUACGACUUUGAUUGGCUUCGGUGAAGGGUUUUGUCGGAAUCAUUGUUGUCUGUUUCCGAGAGAGACUUUUGUUACUUGAGCGACAGAAAGAAGCAAGAACAUACAAAUGGGUUGUGCUGGAUCCACGCAGUCACAAGCAGAAGGGGCAGUGAAGAGAAUUAGGAAGCCGGAACCGUGGAAGCAUACUCAACCGAUCAGUAAAGCUGAGCUUGUGAAAAUGAGAGAAGAGUUUUGGGACACUGCUCCUCACUAUGGCGGUACCAAAGAUUUAUGGGAUGCACUUCGUGCUGCAGCUGAAGCUGACAUAUCUCUUGCGCAAGCAAUCGUGGACAGUGCAGGAGUCAUUGUUCAGAACAAUGAUCUCACUACCUGCUAUGAUGAGAGAGGUGCUAAGUAUGAGCUGCCUAAGUAUGUCCUUAAGUUCUUUGUCCUAAUGAACCAUUAAACCCCACUAACGUGAGGAGACUCCAGAGUCAAUGUUGGCAGAUUAACUCACAAAUAUCUCAAUAGCUUGCUACAUUUCUCUAUAAAGAACCGUCUCCAAGAAGCAAGCAUUUUCAUGGAUUCCUUAGCUCUCAUUUCAUGAAACUUCAUUGCCUUAUUAA